UUCUAUAUUUCCUGAAUUAUGUAGGAGUGCAGUAAUUUGUAGUUUCAUACGCAUGGAAAUCUGACCAAGGGCUUUCAUAACUCAUGACUAAGAUUUCCCCCUAAAAAUUAUAUUAAACAUUUUUAUUAUUCCUGAUCAAUACUAUUAUUGUUACAACUGUAGGCGAAACUAAACUACCAAGUCUUUUUGCUGCAUGUAUAUUAAAACGGUUCUAUGGAGCCUUCAUUGUUUCUGAUGAAGUGGUGCAGCAUGACGAGUAGGAAUAAUUCUCUCCAGCAAACGCAAGUGUGCGUUUUGUGAAGAUUUUUGGGAGUCUUGCAACAUCACAUUGUUUGUGGUAAAAGUUUUAUUUGGGCGUAAAUAUUUUCAGAUGAAUUCCCAUUUGUCCUGUGGUUCAUAGUAAUUCAGAUUGACAUGUUUUGCUGUAAACUGUCUACUCUGGUUUAAAAUCCCACGCUAUAUUUAGGCUUUUGGCUUUAGUGCAAGAUUAUGUGUCUGCAAGUUUUUUUUUUGCACGAGCUUUUUCAAUGGACGUGAACAGGAGAGCGUUGAAAAUACGCAGUGGCUCAGCGACCAGUGCCAGAUACGCGCAAUGUUGUACUGUAAGACAAACAGCGGCCAAACGUUCCCAUGUUCAAGCAAAUAUGCAAUAGACGCCAUUUGGACUUGUGAAAUGAACUAAACCGUGCUCUGUGCGUGUGCUCAGCCGCGCAACACGAGACGCGACAUGUCUUGUUGUUGGUGUCUGUGUGCCACAAGCGAGGAAUAAACAGGUUUUACUGAUGCACAGGUCGCAUGCCUCGAACGCUUGCUUGGACGUCCGCACAGCAGCGGCUCGCCUGCGUUUGGCCAGGCAGCUCGUGCACUUGUCUGUGAUUUGAAUGGAUUUAAAUGCAACAAUGCAACGUGCAGUGCAAUUGUUGCGCCGAGCCGCUCUUUUGCUGCGUGUUCCCCCCUUCGUGUUUGUAUUAGGCUUCAAUACAUUUUAAACCCAAAUAACCCAUAUUUAUAUCACUGACUAUCAAAAUAGCCUAUUGUGUGCGUGCGUGUGUGUGAACAGUCUGUAUUUUCUCAGGGCUGGAAUUUCAUAUUCACUUUCAGUCUUUCGUGGAUGUAGAUAUGUUUCCCGUGCAGGAAAACCUCACCCACAGAAGUUUGGACCCAUGCAGUAAACAAGUUAGAUGAUUGGUUUUGCUUUAUAUACUGUGAUUUAAUAAGGAAAACACCAACGUAAGCCAGUCCGAGCCGUGUUGGUGGUACCAGUGCCAUGCUUUCCAUUGGUUCCUGUUUACAUGAUGCCCACAGGACACGCGGUGAUUGGUGGCGCUUCACACGUGACCAGGCAACUUUGUACAUUUGACAGGGAGUAGGAGGGUUUUGUGGAGAUCAGAAAAACGACAGCGCGAUAAAAAUUAGUAUUGUUGCACUUCACAAAUUAAUGACCAUGAGUUCCUACUUGAUAAACUCGAACUAUAUCGAGCCUUCUUUUCCUCCAUGCGACGAAUAUCAGCAGAGCGGAUACAUCCCCAACCCCGGCGAUUACUACGAGCGGCCAAAAGAUACGGGCUUUCCCCAUCACGACGAGCCAUCCUAUCCGAGGUCAAACUACACAGAAUCGGCGUACGAUUACGGUAACGUCCCCGCCACCGGACUCGACGAUUUCGGCGACGGGCACCACGCACAGCCGCAGCCGGUACCACAGAACCACGGUCCUCGCCUCGCCGCGGCCCCAGACGGUGGCGCAGGGGCAAAUGCCAGCAAAGACUGCAGCCUCGCCGGUGAGGUAUAUCCCGGCGUAGCGAAGGGCAAGGAGCCGGUGGUCUAUCCCUGGAUGAAAAAAGUCCACGUUAGCACCGUCAAUGCCAGUUACAAUGGAGGAGUGCCCAAGAGGUCCCGCACUGCCUACACCCGCCAGCAGGCUCUGGAGCUGGAGAAAGAGUUCCACUUCAACCGGUAUCUGACCCGGCGCAGGCGGGUGGAGAUUGCGCACACCAUGUGUCUGUCCGAGCGCCAGGUCAAGAUCUGGUUUCAGAACCGGAGGAUGAAGUGGAAGAAGGAGCACAAGCUCCCCAAUACCAAGAUCCGCUCGUCCAGUUCCACCUCCUCCUCAGCCUCGGGGGCCCAGCAGCAGCAGCAGAUCAAAACAGGCCAGCAGCUUGUCCCCACGCCGUGCACUGCAGGUCUAUAGUGCACGAAAACACCCCGACCCCACAAAACCCAAAUCCAGACUGAGAUGGCAAAUGACACAAGUGGAAUUUGAGGGACCGAUUCUCAGUAUUUUACACACAUGGUGUUAUCUCUUUCACGUUGCCUCUGCCAUUGGGCCCCUGUCACGUCUUUUGUACCCUUUUCCCUCUCCGGUCGUCCGCACCCUCUUCAUAUAAGCUUGAAAUUCACCUUUAAUUGCCACGGUGGCAACUGAAGUGUUAUAUAUUUGUUUAUUAUUAUGAAGGAUGGAGGAUUACGCACACUCAGAACCUAGGACUUGGAUCAAAAUGUAUCAUUGCAGUUAAAAUUGAGUGAGGCAAAAGUAAGUUCGAAGUCAUUUUCUAUGUUCUAUUUCAAUAUUGAUUUCUUGUUUUAUUAUUGCUCAUGGAAAAGUUCUAAUAUACUUGAAAGAUAUUUAGCGAGACUCUGCAGAUGCCUGUUUAGAGACCCACACGCCUGUAUUAGAGGCGAGGCAUCAGUCAGAACCAGUGUAGUUUGUGUGUCUGAGUGGGCUGGUUUACUGUUGAAUGUAGUCCAGGUGACUUUCAUAUGUAAUGUACAUAGACAAAUCAUAAUGAAGGCACAAUAUUGAAAGCAAGUAGAAUUCCGUUUUGUUGGUGUCGUGAGGUCUAGUUUUAUUUGUGCUAGUGCGUCCCAUGUUGUGCUGUCUCCUAAACUGUGAAUAUUUGUGUGUGUUGUCUCAGUAAUGACCGUUGUGAUGUAGGCUAGUGUAGAAUCAGUCUGUCCUUGUGAAAUAAAUAAAAAAAACACCUUCACUUAUAA